AUCGAUUAUAGAAAAAGCUCUGAAUUGUAGCUAAUACAACAUCACUUUAAAUUUCAAACCGUUGGAUUGAUAUUGUAAGGAAAUCGUACGAUCAUGAUGUCAUCACUAUUUACUCAGGGGAGUUAAACUGUGACGUUUAAAGGGAAAGCAGUUGCAUAACAUUGUUAUUUACAGUUUUCACUAGUGUAAAAAUUGAGAUGUUGGUCAAAUAUUCAUGAAGCACUCUGCUCCUUCCCUCCACCUCCUUGCAGCCGCUGCUUGUACCGACACCGCCGCCAUGUCAUCUGCUCAACCAUUUCGAGGAGGCAGGGGCCGUGGCCGGAGAUACUUUUCGCACCGUCCUUCCGGCGAACGAAGUGAACAAGACAUUAUAACUGGAGACUCUCACUUCAAUUCUGUUCGUAAAGCCAAUCGAAAUCUCCGUCCAUCUCCCACUUUUCGACCUUUCCGGCCUAGGGCACAACCGCCGAAUAUCCAUCCUAAUCAGCAUAUUUAUGGACAAUUGCCGCCUCCUCAACCACGUCAGCCGUUUCAUCAUAAUCAGCAAUCCUAUAGAGCAAUGCCACCACCAGUAGGGUUUUAUCAGAAUCAGCAGCUCAAUAGACCAAAUUAUUAUGAGAAUCAGCAGUUUAAUAGACCGAAUUUUUAUGAGGAUCGGCAAUUUAAUAGACCGACUUUUUAUGAGAAUCAGCAGUUCAGGCAGCGGCCAUUGCCUCCCAAGGCUUUGAACUUUCGGAAUUGGGAGAAUGCUAGACCUGGACCUCCGCCUCAUUGCGAACGAUUUACAGUCUUAUCAUACAACAUACUUGCUGAUUACCUUGCUAUUGAUCAUCAGAGAAAACUUUAUUUUCACAUACCGCAAUAUAUUUUGGACUGGGAAUGGCGUAAAAGAAGUAUCCUUUCUGAGCUUGGAUGGUGGUCAGCUGAUAUAUUGUGUCUUCAGGAGGUUGACAGAUUCCAGGAGUUGGAGGCAGAAUUGAAGUUGCGUGGAUACAGUGGCAUCUGGAAGAGGCGUACUGGAGAUCCAGCUGAUGGAUGUGCAAUAUUUUGGCAUGCAUCAAGAUUCAAGUUGGUGCAUGAAGAAUUUAUUGAAUUUAAAAAGUUUGGGCUUCGGGAUAAUGUUGCCCAGAUAUUUGUGUUUGAGUCUCUUGGUCAGCAAAAUAAGAGUUCACCAGCUCCCUCAGCAAGCCCUGGUCACUCCAACAAGGUUGUAAUUUGUAAUACUCAUGUGCUUUUCAAUCCUAGAAGGGGAGAGAUUAAGCUCGGACAGGUUAGGGUGCUUCUGGAUAAGGCUGAUGGUGUUUCAAAACUUUGGGACAAUGCUCCUAUUGUGAUUUGUGGAGAUUUUAACAGUACACCGAAGAGUCCAUUAUACAACUAUCUUGCUGAGGAAAGAUUAGACUUAUCUGAAGUGCCUCGGGAUAAAGUGUCAGGACAGGAAUCAGCUACAAUUAAUACAGUGAAGCGUAGCUUCAAUGCUAGUGCUAGACACCAGGAUGCAGUUAGCUCUUCUCAAAGCUCUGAAGUGGUUACUGAGAGAGAGAUAAAAGACAAUAAGAUGGCAUUAGCUGAACAGAAACUCGAUACUCCAGAAAAAGAUUCAGGAACUGGAUCUUCUGCAUGUACCUUGUCUCAGCCUCAGAGUUCUGUAGAAUAUGAGCUGGGAAAUUCUUGUAUGGUUAUCUCAUGCUCUGAGAGUACAAAUGAUUUACAUAGAGUAAUCCAUGUUGAAGGUACGAGUCAUGAAGUCAGAUCAUUAGAAUCUUGUCAAAAAGAUGAAUAUGAUAAGGAUUCUGAGAGUGGAUAUAACAAUGCCAACCCUAAUGCCGUAUCUACCUCUUCUCACAAUAAUUUUGAAGCAGAAUUGCAUUCAGGAACCGACUCAUAUAGAAAAAAGGAUGGGCAGUUCAAAGUAGGUGAUUUUGGUUCUGAAAAUGUAGUGAGCAUUCACAGAUCUACAAUACCCCAUUGUUCAGAUGUGUCAUCGACAGGGCUAUCUUCUGAUUCUUCAAAUGUACAUGAAGUUUCUCUUCUGGAAAUCUCUGAAAGCUCCCCUAUAAUACCACGUGAACUUAAAAACUCAUACACAGAGACUUGUUUUGAUGUUUUGUUGGACGAAAAGAUGGACAACUUGUCACUUAGUGUGGUCUCUGGAAGCACAAAAGAAGAUGAACUUUUAGGAGAAAGUCGUGAAGCAUUUUUGUCCCAGUUACAUGAUGAUGCUAGUUCCUUCCUAUCAGACUCUGACCAAUUUCAAACAACUUCUCUUGAGGAAUUGGAUGAGUCAUUAAAGAAGUGUGAUGGUUCCUUAGAGUUGCGUCCUUUUAGAGACGAGAUUGCAGAUGAUGCUCCUAAUUUGGAUUCUGAGAUUGUUGACUGGGAGAAGUCGUUUUAUGAUCCAUCAGCUUGGACUCCAAUUGAUAUAGAAACUGCUACGGGCAAUGCAGAUUGCACAGUAAUGGAACAUAAUUUGAAGUUGACAAGUGCAUAUAGGGAAGUAGAGUUGCAGGAUUUUUCUGGAAGAAGAGAUUCAACAGGAGAACCUGAGGUGACCAGCUAUCACAGGCUUUUCAUGGGUACAGUUGAUUAUAUAUGGCGUUCUGAAGGCCUUCAGACUGCGAGGGUGCUUGCUCCGAUUCCAAAAAGUGCCAUGCAAUUUAUGAGAGGUUUCCCUACUAAGAAAUGGGGAAGUGAUCAUAUUGCUCUGGUUUCAGAAUUUGCUUUUACAAAUGAUAUAUCGGUUCACAAUACUAGCGUCCAAAAGCAGUAAAAUUCUGUCCAUUCCAAAGGACUAUAUGAGUUUUCAGGUGAUGAAGGGAGAGAUUCAUUGUGGAAGAGCUUCAACCUGGAUAUGAAAAAAGGAUGAAGGGGGUUUAAGGGCACUACUGAUUCAAAAUGCUAGUGUCUCGAUAAGUUAAUUGAUACACGAGCUCUGCUUUAAAGUUAGUCUUUACUUUAUCCCUUUCACUCGUUGUGUGGGGAAGAAGUGGACUCUAGGGGUCCUACUAAUUGAGUUAAGGAAGCAGAUCGUAUUAAUAUCAAGUUCGCUGUAGAUCGUUCAGCAACACAUUUGGUGAUCAGCGUUUACCCUUUAUUUUGAAGGCAAGUUGUUUGCUAACUUGUCCUCGUUUGAUUUCUUUUAUGCUUCAGAAAAGAUGAAAAUAGUCAUUGUUCACUUAAUUUACUGCAAAAAGUAGAUGGAGUUGUGUUUUCGAAAGAAUUACAUUUAGAAAGUGUGUUGCUCUUCUUCGAA